UGGUCAAACAGCAGCCUUUUCAAAGGGAAGUGGGGCAGCUGCCCCAGCUAGACACUACACACCAUACAACUGGUCAGUGAGACUUGGGGUUUCAUUUUCAACUCUCACAAAAGGAAGAGUGUCCCUGCAAUCUCCUGGAGAACCCAGAUUUUCCAAAGGAGAGAUUCACCUGCUGAGGGAACCAAGACAAUGAGGAUUUUCUCGGUUUUGCUUUGGAUUCUUUUCCCAGGCUGCUGGGCGGUGACGGGGCCCGGGGCAGUGCGCGGCCCCCCGGGCGGGUCGGUGGCUGUGCCGUGCCGGUACCGGGCGGGCUAUGAGGAUUAUCCGAAGUUCUGGUGCCGGGAAGGCGGCUUGUUCUGUUCCAGCUGGUUUCACGUCGUUCAGACCGAUGGGUCGGAGGCGGAGGUGACGCGGGGCAGAGUCUCCAUCCGAGACGAUCGCACCCAGCGCACAUUCACCGUGACCGUGGAGAACCUGACACCGGCAGACGCCGGGACGUACCUCUGCGGGGUAGGGAGAACUGGGUUUGAGCUCAGGGACGCCGUGGAACUCACCGUCUCCCCAGCUAAUUCUUCCCCAAACCUGACUGCAAGGACACCACAAGCAAAAAAGCAGCCAGAUUCGCCUGCACGAUUCCAACCCAUCAUCCUCUGUUUCCUGCUCCUGGGCUUAUCGAAAGGUCUCCUCUUGCUGUGCAUAGUCUCUGCUGGGAUCUGGAUGAGCAUACGCUACAGGAGGAGCCACAGGGAGAUGGUGCCAGACAGACAAGAUGAGAGCAUCUAACAUUCCCACUACAGGGUGACACGCUCCAUGGGAAUGUUCUCAGUCUUCUCUUGAACACCAAGGGCUCAAUCAUAGCUUUACUGUGAGCAGAGUAAGGGGCAGGGAGUUGUUGCAUUCCCCCUGGAGCACCCUGGGAGGCAGAUUAUUGCUGCCCAAGUUACAUUGUCCCUUCUGUUCUCCUCCCCGCCCCGUCCAUUCCCCACCCCCCAGCUUCAGGGAUGGAGCAAACUGCCAGGUCUAUAACCGAUGCGGAGAACUUGCAGUGGUGAAUCAGAUCAGCUACACUACCAGGUUCAUUGAGGAGGUGGAGCCAAUGAUCCACCCAGUCCCCAACCUUUACCUUCUACCUGUCCUGUGCUCUGCUGCAUCUGCUUCCUCUCCUACAUGGAUACCUAAGUUGCACCCCUUAAUGGCUCUCUGGUGUACUAGCAGGGCCAUGAUUUGACCAAAACCUUUACAUAGAAGUGUGAUGAGUCUGUGUGUGAAUAGGGAGACAUCCUCGCUGCUCUGUAGCCCUGGUCAGGAAUUCCUAGGAUCAGACUCACCCUGCGAUGGCUAUGAACAAAAAACUCCCAGCAUGAAGUGUUUCUCCUCCAGUCACCGGUGGUGUCAUUGUUUUCCUUGCAGCGCAUGAACUGCCUCUUUGCUAGUUCUUAGAAGCAGAUCGGCAGCAGCAGCAGGAGGAUUCAUUUUCCAGCUUUGCACAAAGUAUCCCACACCAUGAUUUUCUUCUCAUGUCAAAUGAAGCUAUUUCCCUCACGUUCUCAGAGGAUGAAGUCUGCUGGAGGUGACUGUCUCUAUGUUUCCCAGGCCAGGGUAUCUAGGUUCUUAUCAGAGUGUUGGAGAGCCCAGGGCCAAAUUCAUACCUGGUGUAAGCAAAUGUAACUCCACUGAAGUCCCAGAGCCAAACACAGGGUCAGAGUCAGCAGUGACAGAGGCAGCCCCUGCGUCAGCUGGGCUCUAAAUAGUCACAGUGACCUCAGGUGAAAUGUGGGAGCUGCCAGCAGGUGUUCUCCAGAAGGGAUCCUGUAGGUGGAAUUCCCUUUCUCCCUUGAUCCAGAGUAUCCCCGACCUAUUGACACUGCAAAGGCCAUCUCAUUUACCAGGCUCCUGAGGAGAUGGGGUACUAAGAACUAGGAUUUGUGCAUUGAGGCUCGGGAUCACACUAAUGGUAUCACAUUUUUUUCUAAAUCAAAGACAUUUAUGAAAGAAAACAGACAAUUGCGCAGGGAGACAGACUUCGACACAGCCUGAGUCCCAGCUUGUCUGCUGCGAACCCAGCCCCACACCCUCUGGGACAAUGUACCGUUCACACAGACACCUACUGGAUGAAUGAUGUAACUGCAAGCACACGUUGUCAAAUAUUCUUUUCAACCCCUUCCUAGAUUUAGGGAGGUUGCUGUGUUUAUUUUUGUCUGUACUAGUUUGUUUGUAUGUUUAGUUUUCGGCAAAUGCACCUGGAGCCCUGGAUAGAAUUUUUUAUGUUUGAGAUAAUGUGAAAUAGUCCAUGUAUUUAUUUACUUAAAUUACUGGAACAUUAGUGUGACCAAAAUUGUUACACAUUGAAUUUUAGUUGUGGAAGAAUAACAGUCUUUCAUGCUUGUUCUGGUUGCAAAAUGUCAGAGGCAGUUCAUUCUAAAGCAAUAUUGCAAGGGGAAGAGUUCACAAUGGCAAGUCUCCCAAAAGAUAGACAAUUAAGGCAAGCAUUUACACCUUGUGUUACAGUAAUGAUCAACAACUGCAUUUUGUUUAUACAUAUUCCUUCCUGAUAUCACUUUUCUCAGCAGUUCCUUCUACAGUAUGCGUUCCAUUCGUAUCUAACACAAGGUCAAAACAACCUCUCUUAUCGUUCUUUUCCAUUCGCCCAGGCCCUGCCUGGAAGUCUCGCGUUAUUAGCUGUUAGAGUUAGCCUGACUCUUGCUCUUCCUCAAAGACUAAGAUGUCUAUGCUUUCCCCCACCCCCACUUCCACCCUCCCCCCUUUUGUGCUUCUAGCACAACUAUCAAUCUUAAACCUUCAUGUUCAUCAAACUUUGUAUUUCUGAUUCUAGAUCAAAUAGUUCAACCUUAUGGGUUUCAUGGGAUGCAACAACAAUGCAUGGUUAAUAUGAACAUAGAAGGUGUUAGUAUUAUUACAUCUUUUACAACAUCAGUAACAAUCCUAAGCUAAACAGCAAUAAAAACAUUAACAUUCCCAUGGUAAUAAUAUGAUAGGGUUAUUGUACAAUUUUAGUCACAAAGUACUACAUAAAGUAAACACUCUAUAAACUGUAUGAAAGGCAUUUUUUAAUUUGAUAUAUAUAUUUUGAAGCAUAUGAAUUUGCCCUUGUAAUUCAGAGAUUCUCUGAAUCUCCGGUAGCAGCAAAAGCAAAUUUUGAAACCGAUCAGAUACUAAAGUAAUCUAAGAACUGGAAUUUGUGCAUUAAGGCUCGGGAUCACGCUAAUGUUAUCACAUUUUUUCCUAAAUUAAAGACAUUUAUGAAAGAAAACAGACACAACUGUGCAGGGAGACAGACUUCCACACAGCUUGAGUCCCAGCUUGUCUGCUUGUUUACCCAGCCCCACACCCUUUCUGGGACAAUGUACUGUUCACACAGUCACCUACUGGAUGAAUGAUGUAACUGCAAGCACACAUAUUACUGUUGAAUAUUCUUUUUAACCCCUUCCUAGAUUUGGGGAAGCUGUUGUGUUUAUUUUUGUUUGUACUAGAUUGCUUGUUUGUACUAGUUUGUUUGCUGUGACCAUCUCGCUACUACUGUACAGGUUACUGUUAACAGAUUUCAAGUAUUUUUUCAUUGUGUCUGCAUCUUUCUUCAUUGCCGUUGUUCUCUAAGCUUUUCUUUUCCUGUUCUGUGCACCUGACAUCUUCUUUUUAGGUACCAGCAACACUGUUUCUUUCCAAAUUUCCUGAAAUAUAAAAAACUCGGCAUUUCUCACACUAUGUAACAUCACAUGAUUGGGCAAAAACAAUUUCAGCUUCAAUAUGCUACACAGAACAACAGAUCUGUCUGGACAGAACUUGUCUUUGAUCUGCUCUAGCCAGCUGGUUUAAUAAAAUGCCAUGAGAAAGGAUCAUUUAUGGCUAGGCUUUCC